CCUCCCCAGCGCUGCGCUGCGCCGCCUGGCCCGGCGGGGGCGGGGCCGGGGCCGGGGCCGGGGCCGUGGCCGGGGCCGGGCUGGCGAGGCCGGGCCGGGCCGCAGGGCGGCCGCGGGGAUGCGGGGCUGGCGGAGGAACCUUGCGCUCUGCCUGCAGCGGCUGCCGGACGAAGACGACGGGCCUUACUCCAAAGGAGGCAAGGAUGCAGGAGGGACCGAUGUGGCCCUGGCGUGCCGCAGACAGAGCAUUCCAGAGGAGUUCCGUGGGGUCACCAUGGUGGAGCUGAUCAAGAAGGAAGGCAGCACACUGGGCCUGACCAUCUCAGGUGGCACCGACAAGGAUGGGAAGCCCAGGGUCUCCAACCUGAGACCCGGGGGGCUUGCUGCCAGGAGUGACUUGCUGAACGUGGGCGACUAUAUUCGGUCAGUGAAUGGGAUCCAUCUGACCAGGCUCCGCCAUGAUGAGAUCAUCACCCUGCUCAAGAAUGUGGGCGAGCGCGUGGUGCUGGAGGUGGAGUAUGAGCUGCCCCCGCCCGCCCCUGAGAACAGCCCAGGGAUCAUCACAAAGACCGUGGACGUCUCCCUGUACAAGGAGGGCAGUAGCUUUGGCUUUGUCCUCAGAGGGGGUGCCCAUGAAGACCUACACAAGACCCGUCCACUCGUUCUGACCUACGUCCGGCCCGGCGGCCCCGCUGACAGGGAGGGCUCCUUGAAGGUGGGGGACAGGCUGCUCAGCGUUGAUGGGAUCCCGCUGCACGGGGCCAGCCAUGCUUCUGCCCUUGCCACACUGCGGCAAUGCAGCCACGAGGCGCUCUUCCAGGUGGAGUAUGAUGUGGUCAUCCCAGAUACUGUGGCCAAUGCUUCGGGGCCCUUGAUAGUGGAGAUAACCAAGACGCCUGGGUCAGCCCUGGGGAUCUCGCUUACCACUGGCUCCCACCGGAACAAGCCAGUCAUCACCAUUGACCGCAUCAAGCCGGCCAGCGUGGUGGACAGGAGUGGGGCCCUGCAUGCCGGAGACCACAUCCUGUCCAUCGACGGCACCAGCACGGAACACUGCUCGCUGCUUGAGGCCACCAAGCUCCUGGCCAGUGUGGUGGAGAGAGUGCGGCUGGAGAUCCUGCCUGCACCCCAAAGUCGGCGGCCCCUGAAGCCCUCAGAGGCAGUGAAGGUGCAGAGGAGUGAGCAGCCACAUCGCUGGGACCCCUGCGUGCUCUCCUGUCACAGCCCCCGGCCCGGCCACUGCAGGACGCCCACCUGGGCCACACCUGCUGGCCAGGACCAGAGCCGAUCCUUGUCCUCGACUCCCUUUUCCUCGCCGACCAUGAAUCAUGCCUUUCCCUGCGCCAACCCCAGCACUCUUCCCCGUGGAUCCCACCCCAUGAGCCCCCGGACCACAAUGGGAAGGAGGAGGCAGCGAAGAAGGGAGCACAAGAGCUCGUUGUCACUGGCCUCCAGUACAGUAGGGCCUGGGGGUCAGAUCGUGCACACGGAGACCACGGAGGUCGUGCUCUGCGGAGACCCCCUCAGCGGCUUUGGCCUCCAGCUCCAGGGAGGCAUCUUCGCCACCGAGACCCUGUCAUCCCCUCCCCUUGUGCGCUUCAUCGAGCCUGACAGCCCUGCAGAGAGGUGUGGGCUGCUGCAGGUGGGGGAUCGGGUCCUGUCCAUCAACGGUAUUGCCACCGAGGACGGGACAAUGGAGGAAGCCAACCAGCUGCUGCGGAACGCGGCGCUGGCCCACAAGGUCGUGUUGGAGGUCGAGUUUGAUGUGGCAGAGUCCGUCAUCCCGAGCAGUGGCACCUUCCACGUGAAGCUGCCCAAGAGGCGUGGUGUGGAGCUGGGCAUCACCAUCGGCUCGACCAGCAGGAAGCGAGGAGAGCCCCUGAUCAUCUCUGACAUCAAGAAGGGCAGUGUGGCACACAGGACCGGCACCCUUGAGCCGGGUGACAAGCUGCUGGCCAUCGACAACAUCCGCUUGGACAACUGCCCCAUGGAGGAUGCUGUGCAAAUCUUGCGGCAGUGCGAGGACCUGGUGAAACUGAAGAUCCGGAAGGACGAGGACAACUCUGAUGAGCAAGAGACCACAGGUGCCAUCAGCUACACAGUGGAGCUGAAACGCUACGGGGGUCCCCUGGGCAUCACCAUCUCGGGCACAGAGGAGCCUUUUGACCCCAUUGUCAUCUCAGGCCUCACCAAACGUGGUCUGGCUGAGAGGACUGGCGCUAUUCACGUUGGGGAUCGUAUCCUGGCCAUCAACAGUGUUAGCCUCAAGGGCCGGCCUCUUAGUGAGGCCAUCCAUCUCCUGCAGGUGGCUGGCGAGACUGUCACCCUGAAGAUCAAGAAGCAGCUAGACCGGCCCCUCCCACGACGCAAGUCCGGCAGCCUCAGCGAGGCCAGUGAUGCAGAUGAGGACCCACCCGAGGCACUCAAAGGAGGCCUGCUGGCAGCCCGGUUCUCACCCGCUGUGCCCAGUGUGGACAGCGCUGUGGAGUCCUGGGACAGCUCGGCCACAGAGGGUGGAUUUGGGGGCCCAGGCUCCUACACUCCACAGACAGUGGCUCGGGGCGUGACCCCCCAGGAGUGGCGGCCCAGCCGGCUGAGAAGCAGCCCCCCACCCACUGAACCCCGGAGGACGAGCUAUACCCCGGCCGCCACGGAUGAGAGCUUCCCCGAGGAGGAGGAAGAGGACUGGGAGCCACCAACUAGCCCAGCCCCCGGCCCUGCCCGUGAGGAGGGCUUCUGGCGCAUGUUUGGGGAAGCGCUCGAAGACCUGGAGUCAUGUGGUCAGUCAGAGCUGCUGAGGGAACUGGAGGCAUCCAUCAUGACGGGCACGGUGCAGAGUGUGGCCCUCGAGGGCAGACCCAGCCACCAGCCCUGGCGGAGGGGCCAGGAGGUACAAGCGUCCCCUGAAGAGAUGCAGGAGCUGUUGCUGCCGACACCCUUAGAGAUGCACAAGGUGACCCUACACAAGGACCCCUUGCGGAAUGACUUUGGUUUUAGUGUCUCUGAUGGCCUCCUGGAGAAGGGUGUCUAUGUCCACACUGUGCGCCCUGAUGGGCCAGCCCAACGUGGUGGCCUCCGGCCCUUUGACAGGGUCCUUCAGGUCAACCACGUUCGCACGCGGGACUUUGACUGCUGCCUGGCUGUGCCACUCCUGGCGGAGGCAGGCGACGUUCUAGCACUGGUCAUCAGCCGCAACCCUCUGGCACAGAGCAGCCGAGCCCCACGAGCACCAGGCCCCAGCAGCCCCCGGAUGCUCUGAAGUCAGCACGUGGUCUGGACACCCCAGGGGCUGCUGGAGUAGAUUCUGGCCGCCAGACCUGUAACUGGGCUGGAGACCUGGCCGCUCACUCAUCCAUCUGUUCAUCUGGCAGGCUCUGAGCCACGGACGGAAUCUGUCUCUCUUCUCCGGUUCUGCGGUCCCUGCCCCAGUUGGAGUGACAUCUAGGUCUUUCUCCAUGUUGGGACUCCCAGGAUGCCCAGAGGAGCCCCACUCAGUAGGAGUUGAAAAAGGCUGCUCAGCUGGGAGAAGAGGAGCCUAGGAGCUAGGGAGCCCAGCUCAUUGGGAGUGUUUUCUCCCAGCAGAGCUGUAUAGUUGCAGAGGAGGAGUGAGCUCCCUGUCACAGAGGUGAGCAAAUUGGAACUUGAUAUCCCCGGUGCAAUCACGGACUGAGGUGUGAGGCGUCUGGGCAAUGGGUCCACACAUGCUCAGGUAGUUAGUUGCCCCACAGGGGGAGCAUUUAGGGUGUGGCUGAGGGGGCAGUUUUUCUGGACAGCCUCCCACCAAGAGGGAUGCCACUCAGGGUGGGAGCCUAGCCCCUUCCCUUCUCCAGAAUUCUGGUGUUUGGGGUUUGCUGGCUUCCCCACUUAAGAGGCUCUUGAGCUGGGGUGACUGAAUUCCAGGAAUCAUCAGCUUAUUGAUUCUGAAAGUGAGUGAUUCAUUUCCACCUCUCUGGUCUGAAGCCUCCAGGAUUUGAGACCUGCAGUUCUUCGCCCUUUGGGCCAGCUUGGUGUCAGGCUUUGGGCUCUCAGCCCCUCCUGCUUUUGUUGGAGGUGUAGGCGCAGAUCUAUAUAAAUAUACCCCUCUCAGGCCAGGCCCCUCGUGAUCUGAGGGAGUCAUCUGGGACAAAAGACCUAGGAGUUUUUAUUCACCUGCCAUUUCAGUGGAGAUGGGAAGACCAUAGAGGUAUCACAUGGAAGAUGAUAUAUGUCCUCUCCAAUCUUCAAUCCCAUGAAGGAGGAGAGACGCAGAGAGGGAGGCACAGAAGCAAAGGUAGGCAGGUAGGAGAGAGGUGAGCCAUUCUCACGCCCAAAGGUGACAGUGUCCAAAGGGGCCAUUUAAGAAAGUUUAUUCCCACUUGAAAUCUGGAACCACCAGCAUUCCUUAAAGUCAUUGUCCUCCUUUUCCA